CAGUAUAACGAAGAGAGAGAGAGACAGGGCAUCUCUUUCUAUGUUCACAAUAAACCCAACACACUCUGUCAAAAAGCUUCACUCUCUUCUCCUUCCCCAUCUCUUGUCUCUCUCUCUCUCUCUUCUCUCCAUAUAAGGAACCUCUUACUCUCUAAGAAAGUUCCAUAACCUCUAACACUUCCAAGCUUCAAAAAGUCUCAACUUUUUCAGCGAAUUACCUACCUCUCUUCAAAACAUGCCUUCCGAGUUCAGUGAAUCUCGUCGGAUUUCUAAGAUUCCUCACGGCGGAGCAACGGUUGCGACUCCGGUGGAUCAGCAAGAGCAGCUUCCUUGCCCUCGCUGUGACUCAACCAACACCAAGUUCUGUUACUACAACAACUACAACUUCUCACAGCCUCGUCAUUUCUGCAAGUCUUGUCGUCGUUACUGGACUCGCGGAGGUACUCUCCGUGACAUUCCCGUCGGUGGUGUUUCCCGGAAAAGCUCAAAACGUUCCCGGACUUGCUCCUCCUCCGCCGCUAACACCACCGUUGUGGGAAGCCGGAACUUUCCGUUACAAGCGACGCCUGUUCUUUUCCCUCAGUCGUCUACCAACGGCGGUUGCACCGCGGCGAAAGGAAGUGCGUCGUCGCUCUACGGCGGUUUCACCUCUUUGAUCCACUACAACGGCGCUGUAAGCAGAAAUGGGCCUGAUGGUGGCUUUAACGGGCCAGACGGGUUCAGUCUUGGGCUUGGUCACGGGCCGUAUUUCGAUGACGUCAGAUUUGGGCAAGGAAUAACGGUCUGGCCGUUUUCAACUGGCGCUACUGAUGCUGCAACAACUACAAGCCACGUUGCUCAAAUACCCGCCACGUGGCAGUUCGAAGGUCCAGAGAGCAAAGUCGGGUUCGCGUCCGGAGACUACUUAGCGUGAACAUCUUCUCUACUACCUUAGUCGAAGGGUUUCCAUCUCUCUUCUUCUUCUUCUUCUUCUUUUGGCUUCUCUACCCUAACUUUGAUUAGUGCUACCUUAGUAGCAUUUAAUUAGUGCUCCCUAGUAGUGUAUCUGGUUCUUAUUUAGUUAGGUUACGUGUGAACGAAACUACAAAUUCAGAGUAACGUUUGUUUGUUUUUGGCUCUAAUUAAUGUCAGUUCCAACUCUGGGAAUCUCGGAAAACAGAACAGUCCAAUUUUUAUAAAAUGCUACUCCGAAUUUAUAUUUAGUUGCUACAUUGCGUAUACAGAGACAAAUAAAAGAUAAUGACAAUCCAGGAACCUUAUCCUUUUCAUUGUUCAGAAAUGUAAUGAGGGUUUCUCGAACAAGACGAUUACUGUUAGACUCGUACAUAUCGAGCAGAUAUGGAUGUAGCAAUGCUCUAGCCUUGGCCGGAACAAGACUCGACACAACCAAAACAUAGAAUUAACUGAGAACAUCUUUGUGGAAAUAAAAGAAUGCUAUAAAGCUAUAGAUAUACCUUGAAAAUACUUUUGAAAAUGUUCUCCCUAAAGAUUAUAAAAAACAGAGAAAAUAUAUGUUCAAGAAGGAGGAUAUAUAUACUGUAUAUUUUAUCAUCAUCAUCUAAACGAAACUACAAAAAGACAGAGAAAACAUGUCUUGUUUUGCCUCAGAUACUUUGGAAGUCUGGGAAACAACGCAUCAUUUAUUCACAAUAAAUA